GUAACAGCCGCGCCGCCCACCGCCCCACACAGGACAACCCUUGAACCAUGCACCUCAAGCGGAUAUAUUUACGCUACUACCCGCCAGGGCUGACCUUCGAGAUGGCUGACGGGCACACGUCCAGCUGGAAGGAGGUGCAGCUUCUUGACCUCGGCCCAGAUUCCCGCGUGGACGAGGUGGUGGAGGACGUGCUGCGCCAGGAGCGGCGGGCAGCGGGCCAACGCGUGAGGCUGCAGCGCCUGGUGGGCCGCCUGCUGGCCGCACUGCGCAACGACGCCACGCGCGCCCACGCCCGCCACAGGACCCUCAGGGCGCAUAUCCUGCCCCUGACCAACGUGGCGCUCAACAAGGCGGCGACACUGUGCGCCACCGCCAGCUAUGACCGCCAGUGCCGGCUGUGGCGCACGCAGGACGGCGGCCCGGAGGCGACACUCACGGGGCACCAGGACGUGGUCUUCGACGUCACCUUCGUCGGGAAGUACGAUGAACUCAUAGCGACGUGUAGUUUCGACGGGACGGUGCGCGUGUGGGAGUCAUCGUCGGGCGCCUGCGAGUUGGUGUUAGCGGGACACGAGGGCCCCGUGGCCGUGGUGGCGUCGCUGCCCCACCACCGACACGGCCUGGCCACGGGGGGCAUGGACACCUCCGCCAGGCUGUGGGAUCUCACUAUGGGGGACUGCGUGGCGGACCUCCAGGGCCACGCGGGGGCGGUGGUGGGUGUGGGCGGCGACAGGGCGGGGGGCCUCCUCUACUCCGCCUCCUUCGACGGCACUGUCAGGCUCUGGGACGCCCGAACACACGAGUGUACUGGGACCCUGGCGCACCACGACGGCGAGGUGAACGGGGCGGGCCUCAGCUGGUGCGGCCACUACCUCGCCUCCUGGGCCACGGACGCAGCGGCUCUCGUGUGGGACCUGCGACGCACCGCCGAGCCCCUGUACGCCCUGCGGCACGAUGCGGAGGUGGUGAGCGGCGCGUGGGACAGCUGCGGGCGGCGGCUGGUGACGGGCGGCGUGGACAGGACGGCCCGCCUGCUGCACGUGCCCUCCCUCACCGAGACGGCGCCGCUGGAGGGCCACGGCGGGGAGGUGUCCAGGGUCAGCUUCAGUCCGUCAGGCAGCAGGGUCUUCACCACCGGGGAGGACGGUUACCUCAGGACCUGGGACACUGACACCGGUUACUGCGUCCAGGAGGAGCGCGGCCACACGAGCGAGGUGUUCUCCAUGGUAGUGAGCUAUGAGGGCAACGUCCUUGUCACGGGCAGCAAGGACAGCACGUGUGUCAUCUGGCGGCAGCGGGCGGCUACGCAGGGCUGAAGUUCAAGUGUGUCUUUCUCGUCUAUAAAUUAAUUCCUGGAUGGAGCGGAAAUGGAUGGGCGGUCAUCUCACACCAUUAAGCUUCUGUUGCCAAGGCGGAGAGUAAUGGCAGGUUUUAUGGGGAGGCGACACACUUCUUUUUAGGAUACAUCUCCUCACACCUUUGUCCUUGUUAUACCUACCACUUAAGAGGCAGCAGGUAUAAGUUGGGAGAUGACACACUCUUGUACAUCUCCUCACACUCUUGUCUCUGUUAAUACCACUUCUGAGGCAGCAGGCUAAGUUAGGAGGUAACUCUUUUUUUUACAGUAGAGGAAGCCGUUCAAGGGCAACAAAAAGGAAACAAUAAUGAAAAAAAGCCCGCUACUCACUGCUCCCACAAAAGAGUCAAGAGGAGUGGCCGAAAGAGAGGUCAAUUUCGUGAGGAGAGGUGUCCUGAUACCCUCCUCUGAUAUGUCUCACACCCUUGUUUCUUUUCUCUUCAUUCUCUCCUUGCUUCCUUCUUUCACUUCCUUACUUUCCUUAUUUAUUUUAUCCUACCCUCCUUCAUUUCUUUUUCACUUACUUUUUUCUUUCUUUAUCUCAUUAUUUCUUAGCAGUCCUUGCAUGCAGAAGUCAGAAGGUAAUGCUCUCCUAUAUGUCUUCUUGUAACGAACUGAAUUUCACUUAACCACACCUCCACACGACCUCUAUGAGUCACAGAACGCACAAGAAAUUGAUCCAGACCUGGAGUGAGUUUCCAGCAAUGGGUUUCAAACAUGCGACCAGCCAGAUAGGAAGCCACUCCUUCAGUCAGUCAGCCAAAGAAAUACCCAAGCCUUUGAGUGAGUUUGGGAGGCUUUUAUUCUCCCUUCUAACAGUCAGUCUUUUUCUUGUUCUUCAGUCACUCUUUUUAAUUGUACAUCCACUCUCUCACACUUCCCAAACCAUCUCUUCCGUCUUUGCUUACCUACACGUCAGGCGGGCUGCUAUAAUCUCACACCCUUGCCUUAGUUUUCCAGCAGUUCUUAGGUCAGUCUUUUUCUUUUCAGUCGCUCUUUUUAAAUGUACAUCCACUCUCACACACUUCCCAAACCAUCUCUUCCGUCUUUGCUUACCUACACGUCAGGCGGGCUGCUAUAAUCUCACACCCUUGCCUUAGUUUCCCAGCAGUUCUUAGGCGGUGUGUAUAAGUCUGGGGGUGAGCCUCUACUAUAACGUCCUGCAUCACAGCACUCACCCGUGGAGACAUAGCAUAGGAGGUGCGGGAUAGCCUCCAAGGGGGCAGACCUUCAUCACACAGGCCACCCAAGACUGCACAAACUUACCAUCACGCUUAUUUCUGUGCAAGUGCAGUUACCGUGGGUCUUUAGGCCUUAACAAUUUGUAUUUUUCAAUCAUAUGCACUGGUAGACCAUUAACCCGUCCGCUGCGACUGGCACAGAUUUGUCCUUCACUGGUAGCCUGGUAACAUGUACUCUCAGGUCUUUCUCUGCCUCUGUGGUGGAUAGUGGAGUGUUUCCCAUGUGGUAUUGGUAUGCUGGAUAUCCCCUCCCAAGGUACAUGACUUUAUAUUUUCCUUCACUGAAUUGUAGCAGCCACUUAAUGCUCCACUCAUGUAGCUUGGUGAUGAUUCUUGUAGGAGAUCUGCAUCCAAUGUUAAUGAGGGUUAAUGACUGAUUCACCUGAAGUGUCACCUGUAUCCAUGUUCUGAGGCAGCACCCACCCAAGCAUAUGCUGUGAAGAGGGUACUGUGAUGUGAAGGGCAGGUGAUGUUUUUUGCCUGAACAGAAAAAUUAGUGAAGAUGAGAUAUAUUUAUUUUUUGUUCGAGAAGAAUAUAACAAAUACUUGAGUCAUAUCUAUUCCACUUUCAAAUAAAAAAAACUGAAUCAAAAACUUGUACAUUUUUUCCCUUUUGCGUAGUCCUUAUACAUGUACAUUUACAAAACCGUGUGGCAGUCAACGAAAAUACCUGCAUCAGAAAUCAAGAACCAAUCCACGUUAAUUUUUAUCCACGAUUUUUUUUUUUUAUCUAGCUAUUAGUUUUUUAAUUUCUAGUGUUUUAAUUUUUGUUUUAUAGUCUAAUGCCACCAAAAACUGUACCUAGUAUGAAUAAAGAAUUAUUAUAAAUAUCAAAAUCAUUACAUUUCACAACAAGGCACAUUAGAAAAAUAGACCUGAGCAUAGUACAUACAUACUAACUUUUCCACUUGUCAACACUCUCAUAACUACUAAGGAUGGCAAUGGUGCUAAGAAAAUACCAGAGGGCCUUGUGGUAUUCAAGAUAUUACUAGAAAACUAAGAACAUUACGCUGAUACACGAGUCGCACUGCUCACUGCCACUCGUAUGUACACAUGUUCUUAGUCAGUGUAUUCUUAGCGUGUUCUUAAUGCAUUCUUAGUUACUGUUUUCUUAGCGUGUUCUUAGUAAAUUCUUUGUUUUCUAUAAUAUCCGGAUUUUUUUUUUUUUAUUUAUUUAUUUAUUUUUUUUUUUACUGCAAAGGAUACAGUUCAAGGGCAAAAUAAAAGGAAACAAUAAUGAAAAAAAAAAAGUCUGCUACAAGACCCACAUUCUCCCAGCAACAUUGCCAUCCCUCGUCAUAACAGGUGGACGGCCGGGGCGUGCAGCGCUAAACAACAAUACCCGUCAGAAAACAAGAACAGGAUCAGAUAUACCAAAUUAUCUUUUUUGCUAAUCCCAAACUUUUAAUCAGGUGGCCAGGGGAGUGAUGUGGCUGCUGGUUAUAGUUAAAAAAAAAAGGAGUGAGUAUCAUUACAUUUCCAUAAGUAAAUCAUCUGUCUAAUGAUAGUACACGUGAUAUUUGAGUGGUUUUAAAAAUAAUAUUCCUCUGAGCACCAGGGGAAGGAACAGCACCAUGAAUUAGUGAAAAAAUAGGGAUAAAUAUUUCCGUUUCUAUAAGUAAAUCACCGUGAAAUUAUUGAACUUGUGCCUCCAAUCUGUAUUUACAAAAUGAUGAUUCAUUAAAAAAUAUUCCUCUGAAGAAAGUCGGUUCAGCCAAGUCUGAAGUGAGCAUUAUCGUCCGCUGGCAACCUGCUGUCACACGGCAUGUCCGAUUACACGGAUACUGUGUGCUAGCCUGCGCAUAGUAAACAGUCGACAGUGUCAAUAACAUGCAGGCAGCAAUAACAAAUACCGUCAAUUAUAGUCGAUUGUGAGUUAAAAAAUAGUAGUUAUGUCGCAAAUACCUGUUUUGUUACUUAACAAUAUCGCUGAUUAUAAUCAUUAAACAGCCUUGAAGCUGUCCACCACCGAGAAAAUUAGCAGGCUUUAUAUUUACAAAACAGCUGUUUGCGACAUUACUAAAUUUUUUUUAAUCAUAAUCGCCUUAACUGACGGCAUUUGUUAUUAUUGCCUGCAUAUUACUGACACUGACGACUGUUUACUAUGCGUAGGCUAGCACACAGUGUCCAUGAAAUCGCAGGUUGCCAGCGCACGAUAAUGCUCACUUCAGACUUGGGUGAACCGACUAUAGUGAAAGAUAUGAGGCACGUUUUGCAUCUAUCUAUACUGUUUAAGCACCUUCUGUUUCCUUACUUAUUCAAUCCAUUCAGCUAUUUAUAUAUACAUUUUUUAUAUAUUUCUUUACUAUUGCAUUGCGAGGAACGGUAUGACUUAUAAGCUCAAGAAACAGGUGGCCGAUACAUUUUAUAUCUUACUGAACUAUUUAAUCACCUUCUGUUUCCUUACUUAUUCUAUCCAUUCAGCUAUUUAUAUAUACAUUUUCUAUAUAUCUAUUUACUAUUGCAGUGCGAGGAACUGGUGUGACAUAUAUGCUCAAGAAACAAGUCACAGAGCAUAUCGUCCUGAGAUCCAGUUUGCGGCGAAUGAUAUAAUGUUUAGUUACUAGCCACAAUAAUACUCUAAGAUCACAACCUUUUUAAGUGAAAGUUGCCAUGGAUGGGUACGUCUCUGAAGGCCGACAGACAGAAAGAAAAAAGCAAGUGAAGUGGAUAUGAAGGAUGAGACAGGAAGAAAAAAAAAGUGAAAGGAGAAAGAAAAUAGAAAACAAGGAAGACAGGAAGGAAGAAAUGAAGAAAAAAGGAAAGAAAAAAUAGAGAAGGAAAGAAAGAGAACAAGGAAGUGAGGAAGAAAUAAUAGAAGAAAGAAAUGAAGAAAACAUUAAAGAAAAAAUAGAAGAGAAGGAAAGAAAGAGAACAAGGAAGUGAGGAAGAAAUAAUAGAAGAAAGAAAUGAAGAAAACAUUAAAGAAAAAAUAGAAGAGAAGGAAAGAAAGAGAACAAGGAAGUGAGGAAGAAAUAAUAGAAGAAAGAAAUGAAGAAAAUAUGAAAGAAAAAAUAGAAGAGAAGGAAAUAAAGAGAACAAGGAAGUGAGGAAGAAACAAUAGAAGAAAGAAAUGAAGAAAAUAUGAAAGAAAAAAUAGAAGAGAAGGAAA